AUGGCACAACCUACAGGAGCAGGUCAUCCUGCGCCGACUGAGGCACCGCAUGCCUACGUGGACCAGUCUGCUGCAUACACCGAAGCCACGAACCCUACUCAUGAAUCGACGGAUGCCGCGGGAGCGCGUAGCACGGAUUCAGGUGCUGGUGCUGGCCAGUCGGGCAUCGAGAAGGACGUCGGUACAAUCCUUGCCGGUUUGAACCAAGAGCAACUCGAAAGCAUUGUGGCUGCUGCGCGUGCAACAGACAGCAGCGACCAUCACGGCUACGGCUCGAACCAAUACGACACGGCCAACGUCCUGGCUCACCUGCCACCUGGCCUGGGUCAAGCCGCGUCGACGCUGACAUCGUUUGCAUCCUCAUUCAAGCGCACGAACCCACCUGUCAUUCCAUCGGAGGAGGAAAUCACGGGCACUGCCGCACUGUCGGAACCGCCGAGCCACCACCACUUGGGUGAUGCGCCGCCGCCACCUGGUAUGGAGCAUGAUAUGCAGCACGAUCGCCACGUGCACAGUCAAGCGCACAAGAGUGCGGCGUCGGCUGCUCAUGACUCUGCUGCCACGGCGGCGGCUCUUGCUGCCAUGGGCACGCUUGCUGGACGGCAACUGCCCGCGCACUCGCAAGCGCAUGCCCUCGGUGAGCGUGACGGCGGUGCCCUCGGCACGGACCCUAGUAUGGAUGCCAAGUUUGUGAAUGACCACAGCCUGAAUUCGGCGCAGUACAAGCGCAAAGGUCCUGAGCUCGAUCGCCAGCGCAAGGACAACCACAAAGAAGUGGAACGCCGGCGUCGCUCGGCUAUCAACGAUGGCAUCGUGCAGCUCUCGCAAAUUGUGCCUGGCUGCGACGUGAAAAAUACAAACAAGGGCUCGAUCAUCGUGGCGGCCGUGCGCUACAUCCAGGACCUCAAGAACAACGAAGCGAGUAAUAUUGAAAAAUGGACGCUGGAGAAGCUGCUGAUGGACCAGGCCAUGAACGACCUGAGCAUGUCGCUGGAUGAGAGCCGUCGGGAGGUGGAACGUCUACGUGCGCAGCUGGGUAUGGCCGAGGCCCAUCGGUCUGGUGAUAAGAGUGCUGCUGGCAACGCUGCGAACGGCACACAUUAUGCAGGGGGUGCGCCCCACCAGCGCUUCCCUCCGCCUCAGCAGGCCUUCCAGGGCGAGUCGAGUGAGGGCACGGAUCUGGGCGUCUCGUUGGAUCAGAGCCAUGUGGGACACGGCGCGCCUACGGCCACGGGCUUGGAGCAUGCCAACAUGCUUGGUUCACACGCUCUGGACACGGAAGCCAACAAGCGCGCCCGUCUUGUGUAG